AUGACUACAGCAGAGUUGACAAAGGAAAUUGGCGAGGAACUAGUUAGGAAGUUGCCUUCCAUGCGUGAUGAUAAUCCCUCUAUAUGGACGCCUGCCAUGGAGCAAUAUAUAAACACUACUCUUAAGAAAACCGGGAAUGAUUUCAGGUGGGCAGUCCUGGAUCAUGUGUCAGACACUGGAAAUGAGUUGUUCAAGUCAUACUGCGAAAAAGUUCUUCUCGAUUUUUUUCACCUCUUCGAUGUUCAUUCAGCCAUGCCCCGGAAUAUUGGUAAACGCAAGUACAUCAUCUACCUUGUAGCAUCACUCUUUAAGUUUUACGAGACCACCUUUGCAUAUCUUUAUUUUGAUUGGAUAGAGUCAUUUGCUCGUGCUGCGAAAAUGAUAAAAUCAUCAACAUUUUCAGGAAUUGUGCGGGUUGAUGCAAAGGCAACAAGACAUUCAGAUGGUCUUGACAUAUGGCAUAUGGAAGUUGCCGGUCCCUCUGAAAAUGCCUCCGAUGAUCACAUCAUUAAUGACGUGAAAAAGGCUCUCCAUACAGACCUUUUGAACCUAGUAGCGAUAUUGAGGAAUCAUCUUAAUUGUGACGUCAAUAUUGCUAUGAAAAUAAAGGUGUUCUGUACCCAGGCAAUUAGUGAGUAUAUUGUGUAUGCUACAACCGAGCUCGCCUCCAUUGUCAUUCCAUUCAGUUUCAAUGGUAGAAGUCAGUAUAAAUCCAUUCUAAGGAUGAUGGCAAUAUUCCAUGAAGAAAUCGAAAAGCAAGAAAUAUUAAUAGAAGAGAUCAAUUGUUAUGUAGCAAUAAUGGCUUAUAAUGACUUAAAAGAAAAAUAA